AAGAACUGCAAGCCCAAGUUGCUGCUCUCCAAGAGCAUAAUUCCCAAUUAGAAGACAAAAUUUUAGAAUUACGAAUAGAAAAAAUUAAAGACUUUGGAGAAUACUUAACUAACAAAAAAG